CAAAUUGAAACAGCUGUUUGGGAAUCUUCAAUUUGUUUACGAUUUUCUCAGGACAUACAUUUAGUAAAACUAUACAGUGAUUCUAAUAAAACAUGGAACAGCAAUUGGAGAAAGCACUUAAUGAAUUUGCGUCACAGCCGGAGACAGUGGGUGUGUUGCUGGCCAAUCGUCAAGGUCUCUGUCUGGGAGCAAAAGGUCAAAUUAAUCCUAAUGUAUCGGGUAUUGGUAUGGCUAUCUCAGAGCAAGUGUGCAAACUGGAACCCAAUUUGAAUCCACCAACUAUCUGUCUGUACAGUGGGAACAAGCGUUGCAUCAUAAAGAAGGAUGGGGAAUUGACCGGUGUUAUAUACAAACAGAAACCUAAUUGAAAGCGAGCUCCAAAGUACCCGUGCUGUGCCCUUUUUAUAAACCUACACAUACCUACAUAUGUAUAUGCAUAAAUAAACCAAAAUAUCUAUAAGAGCGUGUGUAAAAUUUAGCAUAAACUUCUUUUGUAAUUAAAACUGUUAGCGAAGUAUGUAUGUAUAUACAAUAUAGCUUAUGAAAUCAA